AUGUCUACCUCUAAGCUACCCUGCAUUCCUUCACUUCGAAAGCAGCAGCUUCACCUGGAAUUUGCGAGUUUAAGACAUGCAGCACCGCCAGGGGUUUACAUGAGCCUCGCCCCGGGGGACCCAACUCUCUGGAAUGGAGUAAUUUUUGUUCGCUCAGGCCCGUAUGCCUCGGCCGUCCUCCGAUUUCAGCUCCGCUUCCCAGACACCUACCCCGAUCUCCCCCCUCUGGUUACCUUUGCGACCGACUUGUUCCACCCAUUGAUUGUACCCCUCACCACGUACACCUUCAGCACUGGUUCAGCAAGCGACAAUCCUGUUAGCGCAACGGAUGAAGAACGAUUACCACCCGGCGGGUUCAGUCUGCGACAUGGAUUUCCUCAUUGGUUCGGCAGGGCAAAGCGGAGCGGGUUAGUAUCGGGGAACACCUCACGUAACGUGAGCGGCACCAGUGCAAGUAUUGCAUCGAUUGAAGGACGGAGCUCUGGUGGUCCUGCUAUGGAUGAUGGCGACGGGAUGGACAUGUCAACCCCUCCGGUUUCGUCGGCGGCUCGUGAGGAUGACGAUGCAGGAAACCCACCUUUAGCACAGGGGCCCGCUUCAGAUCAGCUUGCAGAGCGAAGGACUGUAGUUCCAGUCUCAGAGAUUUUGGAUUACAUCCGAUCAACGUUUGACGACGAGAUGGUUCUGGAUUCGCUGCCUCUCGAGGUUGCAGGAAACCCUGGAGCAUGGCAUGCAUGGCAGGCACAUCGCCGAGGCGGUGUUUCUCGGGGGCAAUUGAAACGAGGAAGUCCACAGGCUCGGCUUCCAGGCGAUUGGCACUGGGACGGCAUUUGGGCCAGGCGGGUUAAAGAUGAGAUCGAUAAUUCCCAUUCUGAGCCGAUGCUUUUUGGAAGCGCUGCUAGGGGUACUGCGGAUGAAAUGAUUCGCUUCUCGCGGCUGGAUGACUCGACCAUGAGCUCAGUCAAGGAGAAGAUGGCUGCUAUGGCAGGGAACGAGAUAUAG